UUUCUAUUGCUCACUUUCCAAAUUACCGCCUUCACCAAGCUAGAAGCCCAAAACACAAACUCACAAAAGCAAGCUGUUUGGUUUUCCGUUCCUUUCUUUCAUUUUCUUUGCUUUUCUUUCAUUUUCUUUUCCUUUCUGUUCUCCUAGACAUGAAUGGGAAGGGAACGUGGGUAGACGAGGGACUGAAAAUGGAGGAAAUAGUGAAGGAUAAGUCGGUUUUUAUGUGGGGAUACCUUCCGGGAGCCUUGCCUCAAAGAGCGCCGAUUUUGUCGCCUGUCGUUGUGCGCCCUGAUGGGUAUACUUGGAAGGACGUUUGCGGCGGUGGUUGCGGUUUCGCCAUGGCUAUUUCUGAGUCUGGAAAGCUUAUUACUUGGGGUUCAACGGACGAUCUAGGUCAAAGCUAUGUGACAUCCGGGAAGCACGGGGAAAUUCCUGAGCCUUUCCCUCUCCCAACUGAAUCUGCUGUCAUAAAAGCUGCAGCUGGUUGGGCCCACUGCGUAGCAACUACAGAUAGUGGAGAAGUUUAUACAUGGGGUUGGAAAGAGUGUAUUCCCUCGGGGAAAGUGUUUGGAGAUCCAUCUUUAGCUGGGGGCUUGGAAAGGGAUGUAUUAGAAAGACAGAGUCCAUUUUUAACAGAGCAAGUGAGCCCACGUUCUCAAGGCUCAAGAUCUAGUGGCGGAAUAGAUAGCCGUAUAAGUGGAGAUGAAACUACAAAGCGCAGGAAACUUUCAUCUGCAAAACAAACAGCUGAAAGCUCAUCUUCCAAUGAUGAGACACUCUCAGCACUUCCAUGCCUAGUAUUGUUGAAUCCAGGGGUGAGGAUAGCUACUGUUGCUGCUGGUGGUCGCCACACUUUAGCAUUGUCAGAUAUAGGACAGGUGUGGGGUUGGGGCUAUGGAGGUGAAGGGCAACUUGGUUUGGGCUCCAGGAUACGCAUGGUGUCGUCUCCUCAUCCUGUACCUUGCAUUGACUCUUCUUAUGGAAAUGAUAGAACUGCAGCACUUCCUCGAGGAGGCCUGACUUCAGAGAGACAUGGUUUUAGAGUUCCUGGAAGUUAUGUGAAGGGGAUUGCUUGUGGAGGGCGACAUAGUGCAGUAAUCACAGACGCUGGAGCACUCCUUACUUUUGGCUGGGGACUCUAUGGACAGUGUGGACAAGGAAGUACAGAUGAUGAGCUGAAGCCAGUUUGUGUAUCGUCAUUGCUGGGCAUACGGAUAGAGGGCGUUGCUGCAGGCUUGUGGCACACUGUUUGCAUUUCUGCUGAUGGUGAUGUUUAUGCAUUUGGUGGAAAUCAGUUUGGGCAAUUGGGUACUGGUGGUGAUCAAGCAGAGACUACCCCAAGGCUCUUGGACGCUCCAAGCUUGGAAGAUGUGAAUGCAAAAAUUGUCUCUUGUGGUGCUCGACACACUGCUAUAGUCACAGAGGAUGCGAAAGUGUUUUGCUGGGGAUGGAACAAGUAUGGCCAGCUUGGGUUGGGGGACGUGAUCGACCGCAACAUUCCUUCUCUGGUUAGCAUAGACGGCUGUGUCCCUCGAAACGUAGCAUGUGGGUGGUGGCACACUGUACUUUUGGCUGAAUCGCCUGCUUGAGUAGCUGACCUGUACAAGCCAUGGCACAGUUUUGUUAGGUUAGAUGUACUUUUGAGUAUGCAUGUAUAUGUAUGUUCAAUAACUGGAAUACAUAUACAUAUGUUUGUUCUUAUUCUUGGUUGGCUCAGUUUCGCCUUGGGUCUUUUUUCUUUUUAACACUAUUGUAAGAGCCAUAUGUUGCAAUUCAGAUGUACAACAUAAUUUAGUUCCCUUUGUGUAUAUAUUCUUAACAGAAUUAAUGGGUUUUUAUCAAAUAGAAAAUCAGAAAAUCAUCUAUAUCUAGAA